UAUCCACCCGAAAAUAAGAGAGAGAGAGAGAAACCGAUGUCCUUCUCUGUUUCCUCCUCACCAACGACGCAGUUUUGUGCAGAGAGAGAUCUGCGUAUAUUCCGUUACCCCCUUUCCCUCUUCACUCCACUUUCGUCUUCAAACUGACACUACCCACCACAAGACAACACAACCCCGAUCUCAUAUCACUGAACCACACCAUGCACCGAACCGCCCCAUAACCGCACCAGAUCCAUCCAACCCCGUCCCAGAGACAGACAUGGUCUUUGGCAAACAUCCAGGCGUCAAGAACCACCUCCGAAUCUCCUCCUCCCUCCAAGAUCUCUCCUCCUAUCGCUACGACCUCGAACAUGGCCCCACACCCAACAACUUCACUUCCAGUUUCUCCAAAACCAAACCGGUUCAACUCCCCAACCCGGUUCGCCGCAAACACCUCUUCCUCUUCCCGAUCCUCAUCCUCCUCCUCUUCCUCCUCCUCUUUUUCCUCUACACCCUCUACUCCCACCACUCCUCCCCCAAAUACUACGUCGUUCUCGACUGCGGCAGCACCGGGACACGUGUCUACGUCUACAGAGCCCAAAUCCAACACAAUGACAAAAAAACCACCCUCCCUAUCUCCAUCCAAUCACUAAAAGACGGCUUGCGCAAGAACCCUUCAAGCGGCCGCGCCUACGACCGCAUGGAAACCGAACCGGGUCUCGACAAACUGCUCCACAACCGAACCGGUUUAAAAACCGCCCUCGUACCGCUUCUCAAAUGGGCUCAGAAGCAGAUUCCAGAAACUUCCCAUAAAACCACUUCGCUUUUCCUCUACGCCACCGCAGGGGUUCGGAGACUCCCCUUCGACGAUUCGAAAUGGCUGCUCGACAACGCGUGGAGCUUUUUGAAGAGCUCUUCGCCGUUCGUGUGCAAGAGGGAUUGGGUCAAGAUCAUUUCGGGGACCGAAGAGGCUUACUUUGGAUGGAUUGCGCUUAAUUACGAUUCCGGGAUUCUUGGGGUUAAGCCGAGGAGAGAAACAUACGGUGCUCUUGAUUUGGGAGGGUCUUCAUUGCAGGUCACGUUUGAGGGGAAUAGCAAUAAAGAGCCGCAACAGUUGUUCAAUAGUGAGACUAGUUUGUAUGUUAGGAUUGGGUCUGUGAACCAUCAUUUGACGGCUUAUUCACUCGCGGGGUAUGGCCUCAAUGAGGCAUUUGAUAAGUCUGUUGCUCAUGUUUUUAAGGAGUUUGGGUAUGGUAUGGAGGAUGUUGUUAAGGGGAAUUUGGAGGUUAAGCAUCCCUGCUUGCAAAUCGGGUACAAGGAGAGGUAUUCGUGCUCACAUUGUUCUUCUGCUGUGAAGAAAGGAGGGGAGAGUCUGAUGGUUGAGGGAAAUGGGAAUGUGGUGGGGAAGAAGGAGGGAGGAUCAAGGACUGUGGUGACGCUUGUUGGCGCCCCAAAUUGGUUGAAGUGUAGCACGCUGGCGAAGGUUGCCGUGAAUUUGUCUGAGUGGAGUGAUGUUAGGCCUGGGCUGGAUUGUGAGGUUCACCCGUGUGCCCUUCGUGGUAAUUUGCCCCAGCCAAUGGGGCACUUUUAUGUGAUUUCUGGGUUCUUUGUGGUGUAUCGGUUUUUCAAUUUGACUGCUGAGGCCACGCUUGAGGAUGUGUUGGAGAAGGGGAGGGAGUUCUGUGAUAAGAGAUGGGAUGUUGCGAGGAAGAGUGUUGCCCCUCAGCCGUUUAUUGAGCAGUAUUGCUUCAGAGCACCAUAUAUUGCAUCGUUGCUGAGGGAGGGUUUGCACAUUACUGAUAAGCAUAUAACUGUUGGCUCUGGAAGCAUAACUUGGACUCUUGGGGUGGCCUUGUUGGAAGCUGGGAAGGCGUAUUCGGUUAGGUUUGGACUCCGUGGUUUUUACUUGCUUCAGAUGAAGAUGAAACCGCUUAUUCUUAUUCCCAUUUUGAUACUUUCUUUCAUUCUUCUGCUUUGUGCUUUGUCGUGGGUUGUCAAUUGGAUGCCAAGAUUUUUCCGGAGACAGUAUCUUCCAUUUUUCAGGCAUAACAGUGCGUCCAGUGCAUCUGGUAUUAAUAUCCCAUCUCCUUUCCGGUUUCAGCGGUGGAGUCCUAUGAAUUCUGGAGAUGGAAGAACAAAGACCCCACUCAGCCCAACAAUUGCAGGUUCACAGGAUAGACCGUUUAGCCUGGGGCAUGGCCUUAGUGAUAACAGUGGAAACAUCCAGCUGAUGGAAUCUUCCUUUCACCCAUCAGCUAGUAGUGUCUCACAUAGUUAUUCCUCGAACAAUUUAGGGCAGAUGCAGUUCGACAGCAGUAGUAUAGGGGCAUUCUGGUCACCUCACAGAAGUCAGAUGCAUCUGCAGAGUAGAAGAUCUCAAUCUCGAGAAGACCUGAAUUCUUCAUUGGCUGAGACACACAUGGUGAAGGCUUAGGGUGUGAUCUUCUGAAAACUUUGCGUUUCAGUUUUUGUCAUGGAGAUGACGACCACGGGGCUAAAGAAGAGUUGGCAAGAUUGUUUAAUUCCAUACUAAUUUGCUUCUUCUGGAUCUCACUUCUAAACUGAUUUCCUCUACAAGAGGCAUAGCACAACAAACAAGAACUCACAUUCCAUCAUUCCUUACCACUCUCCUUUAGUGGCUACUGAGUGUCCAUGUUCUGCCGUCGCUGUACAGUUUUCCGGUGACCAUAAAAGCCUUCAGAUGUUUAAAGUUUCAAAGUCAGCUGAGCGCGAGAAGCUUUUCAAACCGUGAAGAUCAAUUUAUUUGUGACUAUUUUCAUACCAUUUUUAGACUAAUAAACCUCCAUUACUACAGAGAAUAUCCCUUUGUUUCAUAGGAGACUUUUGACUGGGAAAAAAGCACUUGGAUGCUGUAACAGUUAAACCGCUAAGAAAAGUUGUAAUAUGAUACAAUCUCAUAUCUUACAUGUCAAAAUAAGCUUAUUAAAUUACUCAAUUCAGUUGCACCUUGCAAGCUA